AUAGACCUGCGGCUAACUGGAUUUGAUUUAUAAGAGGGGAUUCUGCAGUAAAUGGCUGCUCUCUUCAUAUUGCUGCUAUGGAAAACAGAAUUGUCAAUAGGAUAUAGUCUGAUAAAUAGUGCUGAGUGAAGAUGCAGCUUCAAUAAGUGUGAAAUCAAUGGAAGACACUUACCGCAUGAAAAGCCUUUUGAGAUUUUUCUGACAGGCACCUAUUUAGGAAACUUGAUCUGUUUCCUUCAGUUGCCCUGUUUUUACACCAGUGGAUACAAAUCAGAUUGCUUCAUUGUAGUUGCACAACUAAUGUGGGACCAUGGCCUUUCCAAGAUCCAUGUGGCUGAACUGUGUAUGGAGAGCGAUGGUAGUCCGCCUGUUACACAUGGGAUUGAAUGCCACUUUUGCUUUUUGUAUGCUUGGAUUUUUGCUCCACGCUGCAGCUGUGUCCUCCCAAAAAUUGGAUGAUACCAACCCAGUGGUGACCACCAACUUUGGCAAGAUAAGAGGGAUUAAGAAGGAACUUAAUAAUGAAAUUUUGGGGCCCGUUAUUCAGUUUCUUGGGGUUCCGUAUGCUGCCCCUCCAACAGGGGAGCGCCGCUUUCAACCUCCUGAGCCUCCGUCUCCCUGGGCAGAUAUCAAAAAUACCACUCAGUUUGCUCCAGUGUGUCCCCAGAACAUUAUAGAAGGCAGGUUGCCUGAAGUCAUGCUUCCCGUGUGGUUUACUAAUAACUUGGAUGUAGUUUCCACCUAUGUACAAGAUCAGAAUGAAGACUGCCUCUAUUUAAAUAUCUAUGUCCCAACCGAGGAUGGCUUAAGGAACGACAUGAAAUACAGUGAGGUUUGUGAUUUACAAACAAACCCAGGUGAGCGUCAGUGUGGCAGCGGUAAUCUGUCGCUGCAAGAGUACAGCCCGCACUCUGCCUGCACCCGGGAUGGCCCUCAGGUUUCAUCCAGCUUUUUGGGACGACGCAGAAGGAAAGGUGAAUAUGCUUUUACCCUGGGGGAUUUGUAA